CGGCCUCGGCAUAAAAGGGGAUUUCGUCGAGCCGGAAGCAAACAGUCGCAUCCAGAGAUUGCUACCGAAAUGACCAAGUUUGUUGCGAAGAAAGCCCUCCUGCUGCUUUCCCUGCUCCUUUUGGGCAAUGUGGAAGCGAGGCCGCAGGAUCAGGAUCAGCGAGUUCGAAAGGAGCGCCAGCUGAAGAUGGCUGCCUCAGCGGAUCCGGAUGUAAAGAUGGUAGCGAAUGUUACUCCGACGGCAGGAUCUCAGCCCAUGACGAUGACCAUGGGCAUGCCGAUGAACCAGAUGGCCCUGAGUUCGGUGGGCGGCCAGUUGGUGAGGUAUCCCAACUAUCCUGGCCUCAUAUAUCCCGGAAUUGCCCCGCAACCUGGCCUAAAUGGCAUUCCCGGCCUGCAGACGAACAUAGCCAACAACUAUCCCGGGUAUCCGGAUCCCAAUUUGGCAGGAUCAGCUCCUGGCUACGGCUCCUUUGGAUCCUUUGGCUAUCCCGGCGUGCCGUCCAUGUACGGCAGCUCACCGUUGUAUCCCAAUCCCCAGCUGCCCAAUGGAUUUGUGCCCAAUCCUGCCGUGGAUAACUUUCAGUCGCUGAACAGCAUUGUCAACAUGGCCAAUGUUCAGGGAUUGCAGAGUGGAAACACUGGACUCUAUCCUGCCCCUCAGGGUGGCUUCGGUGGCUUCAGUUCAGGUCCAUAUCCAGCACCCCAGGGAUUUGGUGGAGCCACCACCGGACUGUAUCCAGUGCCGCAGGUCAACAUGCAGGGAUUGUAUCCACCACCCGGUGGUUUUCUGGAGCGCAUGAACAUGCAGGCCUACGCCCCAGGCUUCUAAAUGGGUUGCGAAGCUCUCUAUUAAUAAUAAGAUAAUUUAUUCUAU